AUGGCUGCUUUCCGUCUACCACCUCUGCCAACUGUUAGAGAGAUUAUUAAACUGUUUAAUCUCCGAGCACAAAAGCAGCUAUCCCAGAAUUUUCUCCUGGAUUUGAGAUUGACAGAUAAGAUAGUGAGACAGGCUGGCAAGCUGAAAGAUGCCCAUGUCUGUGAGGUGGGCCCUGGGCCAGGAGGAAUUACAAGAUCCAUUCUCAAUGCUGAUGUUGCUCAACUCCUGUUAGUUGAAAAAGAUACUCGAUUUAUUCCAGGACUGCAGAUGCUGUCUGAAGCAGCUCCAGGAAAAGUGCACAUUGUUCAUGGGGACAUUUUGACAUAUAAGAUGGAGAGAGCUUUUCCAAAACACCUUCAAAAGAAGUGGGAAGAUGAUCCACCAAACGUGCAUAUCCUUGGAAAUCUGCCGUUCAGUGUUUCAACUCCUCUGAUCAUCAGGUGGCUUGAAAAUGUUUCCAAUAGAGAUGGACCUUUUGUUUAUGGCAGAACUCAGAUGACUUUGACUUUUCAGAAGGAAGUAGCAGAGAGGCUCACAGCCACCACAGGAAGCAAGCAACGUAGCAGACUGUCCAUCAUGUCUCAGUACCUCUGCACUGUUCAAAACUGUUUCACAAUUCCAGGUCGAGCCUUUGUUCCAAAACCAGAGGUGGAUGUGUCAGUAGUGCACUUUACCCCUUUGGUGCAACCAAAGAUACAGCAACCCUUUAAGCUGGUGGAAAAGGUCGUUAAAAGUGUUUUUCAGUUCAGAAGAAAAUACUGCUGUCGGGGAGUGGAAAUCUUGUUUCCAGAAGCUGAACGCCUGGAAAAAAGUGAACAGAUGCUGAUGUUGGCAGAUGUGGAUCCAACUCUGCGUCCAGCUCAGCUCUCCAUUUUACAUUUUAAAAACCUGUGUGAUGCAUACAGGAAAAUGUGUGAUGAAGACACAAACCUUUUCAGUUACAACUACAGGGAAGAACUGAAGCAGAAGAAGAGAAUUAGAAAAAAAGGACACUUGGAGCAAUCUGAACAGGAAGACCAGCUCUAACAUGUCCGGCACACUACUUUUUUCUUUUUAGAUGCACAAUCUAUAAUUGUUUUCGUAAAAGGAGACUGUUUUCAAAAAUUACACAUCUAUAUAUACACACUUUGUUGAAAUACUGGAGGAAGAGGGGCUGCUCCUAUCUUCCUUAUUUAUUCCAUUCUGCUAUACAGAAAGAGGAUGCACUGAAUAUGGGAUCCGUAAUCUGCUAAGGUUUGGUGUAUUUUCCACUGUGUUUUUCAGGUCCUGAUUCAGCAAGGUAAAGUUAGACACAUGCUUCAGAACCUUGGUAAAUGGGGGCCUCUCUGAAAUGAAUGGGAGUUU